UAUAUAUGGUAGGAACCUUUGUUUGUCUGGUCAGGUGUUCCACCUCAAAGAAAAACAGUUUCUGACCGCUGAAGCAGCUUGUUGCUGCUUGAGUUACACGUGGAUGUUUUUGAAUAUUAUUGGAAACAUGUUCGAGUUUAAUGGACACAGACAAGUUUGUGAUGGAAAAAUAACAGACAGUGUACAACUUUCAAGUUUGACUCAGACUUUGAUUCAUCAGACACAAUAACAAUCAGUGCAUCAGUGAAGUCAUUCUUGUGCAGCAGCUCAGGAUGGAUUUUUGUUGAAGGAAUGGCUGCGUUCCAAUAAAUCUUGCAGUAAAUUCACCAUGAGAAAUCCAAGCAAUAACCAAAUAUAUGGACUUUUCGUUCAGGGGGUGUGAAGGGUGUUUGGGGGCCACUGACCCAUGGCCUUGGUAUUUCUAAAGUUCUGGCUACACCCCUGGUUUUAUAAGAUGGCUUCUCAUGACUUUGAGGAGUGUACAGCAACUUUCUUUGAGAUCUUCUGAAACAGAAAUUCAUCACUGAGCAAAUGAGCAACAUGCAACGAGGAACUUAAAUAUUUUACUUCCAUAGCUCGUACAAAACCCUCUAAUUUCUAGCUUUCUGCGUGUGUCAUGCAGCAGAUUACUCUCCUCACUGGCCCCCUGCCUGCCUGCGCUUGGGUCUGUAGACAUUUGGAGAGACUAAGGAGGAAGGAGGGAGUCCCUCAGAAAUGUUGUACAGUCACUUUUUGUGAAGGGAUUACAGUGCUCUCUCUCAUUCUCAUUGGUUUGGUCCGCCGUGACAGUAGCGUGGUGAUGAGCGGUUGACAUGCCCAGCAUCAUCCAUAACAAGCUUCCAACUUGGUCCUGUGUGACUCCCAUUCAUGCGCCCAGGCUUUGCGCUUUAUGUACUUUUCUGUUUCACUUUGUGCAAAUGCUUCAGUCAAUUUGGAGUUACGGUUUCUAGUCUUUUCCAAAGAGAGAGGGAUAAUAUUUCUUAGCAGACCACUUUUCCUUUUACGCACGAGGGGAGCAUGAGCUUCUUGGAGAGGUAACUCAAUUUACAGUAGGAAUAAUUAAUGUGUCAGCGUCUGAGAUGGCAAAACCUUUAGAUCACAUCAAAAGACCCAUGAAUGCUUUCAUGGUGUGGUCCAGAGGCCAGAGGAGAAAAAUGGCCCAGGAAAAUCCAAAGAUGCACAACUCUGAAAUCAGCAAGAGACUCGGCGCCGAGUGGAAGCUGCUCUCCGACUCUGAGAAACGUCCGUACAUCGACGAGGCCAAGAGGCUGCGGGCUCAGCACAUGAAGGAACACCCGGACUACAAGUACAGACCCCGGCGCAAGCCCAAGAGUCUCCUGAAGAGGGACCGUUUCGUUUUUCCGCUGCCGUCUUUACUCGGGGACGCAACGGAGCAUUUGAAGGGAUUUUCCAUGGACUCCUUUCUCGUUCCCGGGGAUAAAGCCAGAGCUCUCCUCGCUCCUGUCUCCUCCUCCUCUUCCUCCUUCUCGCUGCUGGAACCGGUGGCGCAGUUCAGCACCGGAGCUGUCCAGCGCAUGGCGGAGAUCCCGCACGCACUGGCCGCCGGCGCUCUGCCCUACAGCGCGCACACGUUUGGAUACCAGACUGGAGGGAUGGGGGGUCUGGCUUGCCACGGACAGCACACCCACACCCACACUCACCCGUCACCCUCCGGGCCUGGGUAUGUGGUGCCGUGUAACUGUAGCGCCUGGUCCGCUGCCACUUUACAGCCUCAGGUAGCUUAUAUUCUGUUCCCGGGAGGGAUGACGAAGAACGGCGUGGACUCGUACACUUCAGCCAGCUCCAGUGUGUGACGGACCGGAUACACCCAAGACGCGCGGUCAUUACGGGAAAACUUUGCGCACAGGACCUCCCCAUGUAAUAUGACACAAGGCUAAAAAAUGGACAGCACUACAUGUCCUCAUCCUACAAAUAUCACAGCAAACCUGAUUAUUAAAGGCUGUGUUUCUGCAGAUUUUAAAAACAUUUUACUCACCAAAAACGCACUACAAGUCCCUUUAUUACUCGUUAUCACAUGUAAAUGCAGAGUAAAGAUUUGGGGCAUAAUGUGAAGAUGUUAUUUUGUUACUCUUUUCUCAAAAACAUAAAAAUAAAUGCAGGAGGUCCACGCCUAACUUUUCUAAAUAACUGAUAUAACUCAACAGGCGAACUGACCUUUGAGUCCACAUUACUGCCAGUCAGAUAAUCAUAAAGCUCCUGUGGUUUUGAGAGGGCAGAGAAAGUCUGCAAGAGGCAGUGUUUGUUUUUGACAUGAUUAUUUACACAGGCCCAAAAACACUUAAAAUCAAAUUUCUAACUUUGGAUUCAUCAUUUUUAGGGUGAAGUCAUGUAAUUUGUCACAUCAGGUAAAAUUGGACAAGCAAGGUUUUUACAUCUUGGGCUCUUUAGAUAUUAGCUGCCAGUCACCAAAGAUGUUUUUGUUGCUACAAAUGUGCUUUACAUGAAAUAAUGAUUUUGAUUGGUCUGAGAUAACUACAGUGGGCAGGGCAAAAAAUUAGGCAAGCCAUGCAGCAUGUUAAUUUUUUUUUCUUGGUUAAAAGAAUACUGCAGCUAAAUCCGUGAGGGCAUAACACAAAAUAGUCACAGGAUGUCACAUUUUAUGAACUGUUUGACAUAAAAACAUUUUCAAAAUACACUUAACCUUUUAUGGGAAAUGAUUUUGAGUGAGUAUUUAUGUUUUCAGGUAAAAUAGGACAAAAAAUAAGCUAAAAUGGGACAUUUUUCUGAAGUGAAAUCAGCAUGUUUGUAAGCUACCAGGUGCCAUAAAACAUGAGUUACUAUGCUACACUGUUACAUCAUAACUUUGUCACUUAAAAAUGAUUUUUUAAAUGAAAUGUUUGGUUUAAUUGCAGAUUUGAUAAAGUAAUGACUGAAAUGACAAAUUGAUUUAACCAUUGAUUUAUCGUAGGCGAGUGGACUUGCUUGAGUUUCUUGAGGAUGUUUCACCUCUCAUCUAAGAGGCUUCUGCGGUUCAGAACUGAGAGGUGAAACGUCUUCAAGAAACUCAAGCAAGUUCACUUGCCUACGAUAUAGCACUUAGGAGUACCUUAAAAGACGUUUCAUUUUACCUGAACAUGUCAUCUGAGUGAGGUAGGGGUUGUUGAUGUGUUUAAAGAUCCAAAGUUUCUUAAGUAUUUUACCUGGCAACUUUUUUUCUUAAUAGAAAUAUAGCAGAGAUCCAUAAAAAGCUCAGUUAUAUAGUCUUCUGAUUUUUUCCUUGGUUUUCUUGGUAAUCUACCAAAUAGUGUCCCACAUUACCUGACUUCACCUGCAGUUUGACAGUUUGUCCCCCAGUAUAUCUGUCUCAAUAUGCAGGCCUGGUUUUUGAUUUGAAGUGGAAAUAAUAAAUGUUUCCCAAAAGUAUUGUCUAAUAAUUUGAUUUUUUUUCUUUGGGGUCCGUUGCUUUCAGAAAAAUGUGUAAAAAAUGUCUAACUAUUUUAUAUAAGCAGCUACAUCCAUUUUGGAUAUAAGUCAGUUGCUGUUCAGUGAACAAUGUUGAUGUGAAGUUGAAUCAUUUUAUUGAUAAUAUAGUCUGGGAUGAUCCACACCACCACCAUUUGUCUUGAAUAUUUUUUUAAUGUCUGCUGAUUAUCAGUGUCAUUCCUAAAAUUUUUUUUGUUAGAUGUUAUUUUAUGUCUGAUGUCAGCUGUAAUAAUAAUAACUGGGGAAAGUACAGUAAGUGUUCAUGUUCCUGACCACCUGAGCGCUCUUAUCUCAACAAGCUGACCGAUAAGGUGUCCAACAAAGGCUCACACAAAAGACAAACAAAUAUGAAUAUAAUGCAAAAUAAAAAACAGAAAUCCAUUCAGCUGAGGAACAAAACAAAAUUAAAGUCCCAUCGUGUUUGGUGACUCCUGUAUGAGUUUCGUUGUGUGUUUGUGCGAGGGAGCGAGAGCAAGGCUCGUGAUAAGAGAAGAAUAGAAACUUCUCUCCUCCCCAGGUGUUGACAGAGUGAUAAGGUGAUAAGUUGAAUCAUGGAAAUCGUAUGAGGCACUGUUUGUUUCAGAGUUAGUAAGAAGGAAUGAGUCCUCACACUGAAACCACUGAGUCUCCACGUAUGACGACUCAUAACGCUCAUCCUGUAUCUGUGAUGUAAGUUUAUUAAACAGGAAGGAGCUGCAUCAGGAUUUCUGAGUCAUGGCCUUUUGCCUUUAUUAGAUAGUAGAAACAAAACAAAUGUAUUUAGCUGGACAUGAAUCAGGGACGUUGUUAUUACAUGGUCAGCAAACCCUUCACCAACAGGGCACAUUAUGUGUGUGGAGGGUUUUCAUUUGAUACCCUGGGCGGCACAGGAGAAGAAAAAAGUUCUUGGAUGAAGCGCCAGAUUUAAAGAUUUUGCUGUGGCGUCCUCGAGCCAAACACCAAAUCUUUAUUAAUUCAGAGGUUCAGUGAUGCAGCUCUGUAGCCGAGCUUGACCUGUGGAUGUGGAAAAUGCUUUACUUAACUGGUUUCUUUUGUCAUUUUAAAGAAAUACAUCACAUUAUUUGCCCCGGGUUAUGCUGAAUUUGUGAGGAAAUCUUUGUUUUUCUUGCAUGCCUCUAUGGUGUACAGAGAUUUUUUUUAAAAAGUGAACAUUCUUCAUGAAUAGAAGUAAUCAUGGUCUGCAUUUAAAGGUCCAGUGUGUAAGAUUUAGAGGUAUAUAUUAUGGUGUAUUAUCACCUGAAAACAAGAAUCGUAUAUCUGCUACCUUAGAAUGAGCCAUUUAAAGCUACAUUAGGGGUGCGUUCCAAAUCACAUACUCUUUCUUUUUACUUUUAGUACACACUGCAGCCGCCCUUAAAAAGUACUUAGCCUACUGUUGCAUGCAGUAUGCACACAAUCAGGACAUACUACUUUCUUCUAACAUCACACCCUGAACCAUGGCCCUCUUGUUUGUCUCAUCUCUUUGUGGUUCAGUCGAUGUGAAGAGCAUUAUGGGUCAGAACAGCCCGAAAAUCUAACUGGAUGUAAUAGAACAUCCUGGUAUUUUGGGCAUACUGCAUUUCACAUAUUAUGUAUUUGGACAUACUAAAACUUGUUCUGGCAUACUAUAUAGUAUAGUAGUAUGGGGAUUGGAACGCAAAGAUAGAGUGGGUCCUCUUCAAUGUUCAUGUUGUUCCGCCAUGUUUCUACAGUAGCCCAAAACAGACAAACCAAACACUGGCUCUAGAAAGGGCUCAUUCGCAUUUUCGCAUCAGCCACUGUAGUCCUCCUACACACGUGGCACAUGGAAGAGGUUUCUAGCUGGUUAGAUGCCGCUAAAUCCUUCACACUAUACCUUUAACAACAGCAAAACUAUAUCAAAACAGCCUGUUUAUAAACUCUCAUAGAAAUCAUGCAGAAUAAUCCAUGUCUCAUUUAUCCAGUCGUAUGCUCAGUACUUCCCAAACACAUGCAUUUUGCUAAAAUGUUACAGUAUAAGUGUCUUCCAUCGAGGAGUAGUGCACCCUGAGCGUGCCCAGGUGCACUACUCGUCAGUGUGUGAGACUGUUUGUACUGAAUCUUGAUGUUUUAGUGAAAAUGUAUGUGUUUGGGAGAUACUGAGCAUACGACUCCACAA